AGGAAGAGUGUGUUUAUCUUGGGACCUGCUGCUCAGGUGUGCUGCCUUUUCAUUCCACAGGCCUGAGCAGCUUGUGUUUUCAUUAAACUACUUCUUUGUAGUAAUUUGUUCUUAUUAUAUUUGGCAGGUGUUAAACUGGCCAGAUGAGUGUUGGGCAAAUCUCUAAGGUGUAUGUGUCUAAAUGAGCAUAAACAUCCUCACAACUUAAGAGCCUGUCCAUGUCACUGAUUGAAAUUUCAGAAGCCAACUUGUCAGGCAGAUGGACGAACAGACCCUAUGACUAAAAUUUAAGAAAUGCUGUAGAUUGUAUGGCAUAUGUGGUUGGGAAAGUAAUGACGAUUGCAGGAAAGACUGAUGGGGUAAUGCUGAUAAUCCAUGGAGGGAUGAAUCAGAGGUUGGAUUUUCACCUCUGUCCUAAAAACCAAGCCCUGCUGUAUCUUUGAAGGUCAUGUGACAGGGAAAGGCGGGGGAGAGGAUUGGAGGAGAAGAAUAGAAGGCUGGGGUGAGACCACCUCCAAAACUGAAGUCUUACCUUUACUCUUCAGGCAGCACCUUGUACCAGUGCUGACAACCAGCUGGACUGAUGCAUCUAGUGUUUUUAUCAUAGCUGUUUUUUUUAUUGUGAAUGUUGGGAUGCAUUUCAUCUUUCAACCAGCGUCCGUGUAGGAGUCAACCUGAACCUUUUCAUUGGACUGACUUAAUACUGGACUCAAAAUUGCUUGGACAUGUUUGGCCCGGCGCAACUAGUCUCUACUUUCCUGCCUGCAGUUUUCCAUUCACCUGCAGCUCACCUAUUCCCUGCAUUCCCAAGCAGGCUGGGCUCUCAAACUCAGAUUCUGAUCCCAGGGCCCUUUAUCAGCUACGAAUCCUUGAGGACUUAUCUGCAGCCACAGCCAUGCAAGGAAGCUUUGCUCCUGGCUACACAGGCACCCGGGAUGAGGCAACUCACAGAGGGCAUAGAUGAACAGAGGCCAGUGAAGCAGCGUCGCGCAAGGGCCAACUACAGCAGCUGGCAGCUGGAGGAGCUGGAAAAGGCCUUCGAGACCACCCACUACCCAGACAUCUUUAUGAGGGAAGCCCUGGCCCUCAGACUAGACCUCAUCGAAGCCCGAGUACAGGUUUGGUUUCAAAAUCGCCGGGCCAAGAUGAGACGGCAGCUGAAACUUCAGGGCCAGCUUGCAGGGCCGCAUGUAAAAAGAGACAAUGAAACAUCUGAGAAGGUGAGCAGGAUUUUAAAACAGCAGACAGAAAGCUGUGGCAGAGAGCACUGGGAGAGACGCCAGGAAGCAGAAAACUAUUCAUGGACACAAGCUGUGGGUGCUGCUCUGAGUUUGGCUUCACAGCCUGUGACCGAGAGGUCGCGGAAAUGGGAGAGACCAGAGGGGCCGAGCUCAGAGGAGCUUCGCUCCUGCAGCAUUGCCAAGUUGAGGGCCAAAGCCAGAGAGCACGAGGCUGAGAUCCAUGGCACUGUAAGCGUGUCAGGUGGUGACAUACAAACACAGGAAGCUGAUGCCAUGCACAGUGAUUGAUCAUAUUCCUUCUUCCUGUUUAUACAGAUAAUCAAAAAAAAAAAAACAACACAAUGUAUACUAUAACUAUAGUGGAACAUCCUUUUUGAACCUUUUCGGGAUGAAAAGCCUUAUUAUUUAGCCAUUAUUAAAUAUUUUGUACACUACAAAAUGAUGGUAGAUCCAUCC